ACAGGGUCGAGAUCAGAGGGAAAAGAGGAAGACGUGUUGCUAUUCUUCUGCCGGAAAACCUGAAAAAAACAGUUAGAUUUGUUGCUAGAGCACAGAUGUGUUGGUGACAUUGACAAUGAAAACGAACACAUGUUUGCAAGGCCAGGUCAAUCUAGAACCCCAUUAAGGGCAACCGAUGUCUUGAGAAAAAUCUCGGAGCUCUGUGGAGCAUAGCAUCCUGAAACUUUGACGACCACAGGCGUUCGGAAACAUAUUGCUACAAUGUCUCAAAUGCUCAAUUUGAAAGAUAAUGAGUUAGAUGUCUUGGCUACAUUUCUUGGUCACGAUGUGCGUGUCCAUAGAGAAUUUUAUAGAUUGCCAGAAGACACUAUCCAGGUGGCCAAGGUCAGUAAAUUGCUGCUUGAGUUAGAGAAAGGAAAUAUUCAUCAAUUCAAGGGGAAAAGACUUGAUGAAAUACAGUUUGAUCUUGAAGAGCCUAUGGAAGAAGAUGAUUUAGAAGGGGAAAAUGGCAUGAUCAACGAGACCCCAAGUACGUCAAACAUAAGCAGAAUGUGCAGAAAUCACUCGGCUAAAACUGAUAAUCAAGAUAAAGCACCGGCAGUUAAACGUUCAAAAACAUCUUCUGUCACUGCCAAGAAAACACCUACAUGUAAACAGUCAGCGAAACGGUCAUGGUCUGAAAAUGAAAAGGCUGGCGUGAACCGACAACUCAAGAAACACUUCUACACAGAAAAGCUUCCUGGAAAGUUCGAAAUAGAAGAAGCAAGGAGAAAGGAACCAGUUCUUUUGAACAGGCCAUGGGUCCAGAUUAAAUCAUAUAUAAAAAAUGUUAAGACGUCACAGAAGCGAAAAUAUGGCAAAUUGCAAUAAGGUAUCAAUGGUGUGACUAAAUCAUACAGUUGUUUGUAAAUGUUCACUUAGAAAGUAUGGGGAAGAUAAAUAUAUCUGUUAUUGUUGUGAUUACAGAAGUAGAACAAAACAGUCAUUGGAAUAAUUUAUCAUAAAAGUAAACAUAACCAAUGGGAAGAUGUAUAAAUGUGAAAUGUUUGAUUAUGAUACAUGUAUGAAAGGCAAUUUAAAGCGACACUUUACAGUAUAUACCGGUCCGGGAGAGGAAUGUUUCAAUUGUGAUCAUUGUGAUUAUAAGUGCUGCAAGAAGAGUAGCUUAAAGAAACAAAUGAACAUACAUGCAGUCUUAUCAUCAUAGUAGUCAUCUGAAAAGUCAUAUACAUACAGGAGAUAAACCAUUAAAAUGUAAAUAGUGUGGGCAUGAAUCUUGUGACUGGACAUGUGUUGCCUGGCAUAUUCAGGAGAUAUAGGUGUUACCCCCAGCGGCCUCGUCCAC